AUGCAAUAUACAAAUCCAUCUGUUGAAGUUAAAAUGAAAUUGCUUGGUAAACGAAAUCAGGAUAUGAGUAACUACAACUUGCCUACAGUUUCUGAAGUCGCGACUAUAGUGGUUGGUGAUUUAGACCCGAUGAUGGGUGAGCGAGAUAUAUUGAUAGAAACGCAAACGGGCUUGCUUAAGAGGAUUACCGAGCUGAAUCCGGCUUAUUUUCCAUUGCAGUACCCGUUGUUGUUUCCGUAUGGUGAGGACGGGUAUCGGGAGGACAUUUUUGUAGUUGUUGAUCCAAGCUCUGGUACUGGAGCGCGGAGCACAAUUUCUGUUAGGGAAUAUGUCGCCUUCCUUAUUCACGAUCGGCUAAGUGAGAUAUCACUUUUUUUUAUUCGCGAGGAGGCUAUUCUAGCAAUUCUUGGUUGA